AUGUCUUCAAACUUUGAGAAUCAGAAUGGGAAUCCGCCUCUACCGUCCUUUGUGACCGAUGGCUUUUUAUCUUCAUCAUCUUAUAGUCGCCGAAAUAGUCAUCAAAAUGAAGAUCAUUCGGAUGAAAUGGAUGUCAUGGCUCAAUUGGCUUCGCAGUACUAUACGCCAACUCGUAAUCGCUCUUUUUCGGCUCCGAUUCAGCCGUCAGCACUGGCAUCCGCCUGGAAUGCACUUGCAGAUGAUACGUCUCUGUCUGUUGCAGCUGCGAUGCAGCAUCAACAUGAGAUUCAGAGGCAGAAUCGGAAUUUGAGACCAAAUCAGCCACCACUGCCACAGGGUCCACCGCCUCCGGUGCUUACCAUUAUGGAGCCAUCUUCUUCAUGUAGUGAUGAUAUGGUAGUUGGAGCAAUUGGACAGGCCGUGCAGUCAUUGCACUUACCAAGUGACGAGAAUAAUGAAGCUGGCCACCAAGUUGAUGGUUGUGGUGGGUUUUCAUCGGGUGCCCCGCUGCCGGCUACGUUUCUCCGCACGGUUUGUGAUCAAUUGGAGUACUAUUUCUGUGAUGAAAACUUGCUGGGAGAUUUGUUCUUGUUGAAAAACAUGAAUGUUGAUGGAUAUGUGAAGCUGGAAUUGCUGGCCUCCUUUGGUCGAGUGAAGAAGUUGACGAGCGACAUGGACGAGAUCAAGAAGGCAUUGGAAUUGUCGACCAAAUUGCUGCUAAAUGAAGACGAGAGUAUGGUGUGUCGUAAAGAACCACUGUGUCCGAACCAGACGUACCAUGGCAAGUUAGCUCGCACGGCCAUUGCCUAUAACUUGUCGGAAGACGCGUCGGUUGCUUCAUUGCGCGAAACAUUUGAGGGAUGUGGUGAGAUUUCGUAUUUGCGCCUGCUGAAGAAAAACACAACAACCGGUCGUAAUGCUGUGCUAAAGCCUCCCAUUGCGGCGGGCGAGACAUACGCUAUCAUUGAGUUCGUAGACGACGAGAUGACGAAGCACGCCGUCUUGACGUUAUCAGAUCAGUACAAUUGGCGCACGGGCAUGCAGGUGGUGCUCUUUGACGGCACAAAUUGUGACAAGUUGAAGCAGAAAAUGUUUCCAGUGGAACUUGGUGGUGAUCGCCGUCGUGCCAAAUCGGCUUCUGCAGUUACGCGCCCUGUGCACGUAGAGUCGGUCGGUGAAGGCUUGGACGAUCUUCGUGAGGGCAAGGUGAACACUGGUACCGUUUACUCUAUCCGUGGUGCCGGUGGACUCAUUACACCGACACGACAGGAUUCGGCCUGUAUCUCGUUUCGCCUUAUUCCCGAUGAAGACGGAAAUGUGGACAUUCGACAGGGUGACUACGUGUCUUUUACUGUUGGCAAGAACAAGAAGAGCGGUCGAAAGUACGCUAGUAAAGUCAAGCUGGAGUUUCGUCCGCCCUCGAACCUGACGGGUGAUGCCAGUAAUGGUGGUGGUUUGAGUGGUUUGGCUGCAUUAAGUGGAGGCUCGUCAAGUGGAAAUGGGCAGAAGGACUACUUUGCGCCAUCGCCAAGUAGAUGGGAGUCGCGUAGCCGUGCAGCGACAGUGGGUGCUCCAGCCCAGCCGGCAGCUUUCCGUACUCGUUCGUCGUCGUCAGGCACGCGCCCAAAGCUGAACCUGUCGUCGCCGCGGAUGGCGCAGUCACCCGUACACAACAACACUGUUGGGGGCAAUAUGUUGGCGCCCCCUCCAGGUAUUGGACCUACCCAGUUGUACCGCCAGGCUAUCGGGCCGGAUGGCACGCGUGGCUUUGGCUUCCGUCGUACCGGUGGUGAGCCACCGGAGAUGGCACCGGAACUUAAGUUUCCGGUCAUGGAGCGUCGGAGAACGCGCUCGUCGGGAGGUGCCUGGUAG